AUGCCCCUCAAGCCCCUUGUUUCCCGUCGAAUCCGAGCACAUGGUUCUGCACCGAUAAACACGCUUCCUUCAAGUACUCAUUCACUCCGACCUGAUCACGCCUUGGAUUUAAGAUUCGUUCCAUCCGCAAUCCUUCAAGACUGGGAGAGCCACCUUGCCAACCGUAAGAAACCCGUUCAGGACGGUGAACCGUCCGAACCUGCUACCGCGCCACUGCACGACUUUGAUCUAACAGAUGGAGACGGCGUGCUGCAACCUGCAUUAACCAAUGCAGACAUUCCUGACGAUACACAAGCUCGACCAACGCUCCUUGAAAAUCCAACACCGGCUUCUCUGUUGGCGCUGGUUGCCAGACACAUCCACCUGAAUACGAAGCAAUCCCUUGUCGUGCGAAGGUUAUUGUCUGAAAUUAUGACGUGGCCUGAUCAGUCAUUUGAUCCAUCAAGGCGCAAGCAACUCCUCUGCAUAGCGGGCGAAGGUGGCACUGGUAAGACCCAGAUACCUAGAGCUAUUGAGGCCGCUCUAGAACUUCUUGGUCGAAAACACGAGGUCAUCCUCACUGCCCCCACAGGCGCUGCAGCAGACAUUUUAGGAGGCAACACCUAUCAUACUUCCCUUGGCAUCAAUCUUUCCCAUAAAGCAGCCAUCAGCACUCGCGCAAAAAAGACUAUCUUGGUUAUUGACGAAAUGAGCAUGGUCGAUUUGAGAAUGCUAAGCGUGAUCAACAACCAAUGCAAACUCGCUCGCUCACUGCCAAGAUCCUCUCCCGACCUCUUUGGCAGCUUUCAUAUCGUGAUUCUUAUAGGCGAUUUUUUCCAGUUCCCUCCUGUUCGCGGCCCACCACUUUGGAAGAAACCAAGAUAUAGAGUUGACGACGAUGCCGCCGGUAGACUUAUCUAG